CUGUGAGAACAGGGGCUACUCUCGGAGGGGGUCGCAACAUGAGCGCGGUUGGUAUGGGCAGUCUCAGCGGAGAUGCCUCCACCGUGCUGAACCGUCGGAGUGUAAAUUCUAACAAGGGCAAUGGAAACGUGAAGAAGUACUCCGUUUCGUUCAAGAUUGACGAGGGCGACAGCGGGAAAGGCUGUGAUAGCGCUGGAGAGGAAGUAAAAAUGGGGGAGCCUGCAAAGGGGAGAGGUAUCAGUGAUACUACAUAUGUUGGCAAUUCCUCCUUGGUUAAUACGCAUAUGGGGAUAGAAAAAGAACAAAAUGACCAUGUGCUUGCGAAUAACCCUAGCAACGUCUUCGGCGUGAAUGAGGAGGGAAUGAAUAAGGAGCCCCAAAUCGAUGACAAGCUGCUGUGUGCGGGCCUGAGAAUCAUAGACAUGCUGGGACUGUAUGACGAAUUUGAGCAAACAUACAAAAACGAUACGCAGGAGUAUUACGUGGAGAAGGUAAAGGAGCAUAUGUUGAAGGAUGGAAUUGACUCAGAGAAGGAGGGAGACACCAAAACGAAGAAGCCAAACGCGGAACGUGACCUUCCUGAGGAAAUCGAAAAUUUCCUGUGCCACGAACAAAUGAGAUGUCGGAAAUUUUUAAAAGAAGAAACAGAAAUAGCUAUUUUAAAAAUGCUAAAAGAAGUGCUAAUAGUAAGAAACAAAGACAUACUUUUUAAAAAUGUGUACAUAAAGCAUUAUAUUGAGAAUGAGAAAUAUGAUAGUCUGAGGAUGCUGUAUUUAUUUUCCCUUCACAUGAACGACACGGAACAUUUUUGCGAUAUAUUUUUCAAAGCAGUGGAGGAAAUAGGCAUUAACAUAAUAGACGAGGUGCUAAACAAAAGAGACAAUUUAAAUACCCUCUACGAUGCACUCAUACGAUUAGUAAAUUAUAAACUAAACAUUGAUAGAGUUAUUAUCAUCUCCUUUCGAUAUUCUUCUUUCUUUACAAACAAAUGGAAAGAAGUUUUCGAGCAUUUUCUGAACAAGGGAACCCAUGCAGAGAAUUACAUGCCAGUGAUACUCAGCAUUUACUUGAACAAUUUGUUGAUGAUGUAUAAUACAGGCUUGAAAAAGCUAAGGAAAUAUUACCUAAUAAAUAAACACCUGAGGAAGGGAAGAAGCAAGAAAAAUAACUUUCUUUUUGAGAAGAACUGGUACAGUUUUUGCAACGAAUCUGUUAUUGAGGGGGUGGAACAGGAGAGCUCAAUUUCGACGGACAGCGAUACAAUGAUGGUGGUCAAGAAGUAUUUAAAAAAUAAAAAAAGGAAAAGAAAAUUCCUUCACGGGGUGAUGCAUACAGGUGAAGAAGUUGGCCAUGGUGAUAACCAGACCGCAGAAGAACCCAACCACAGCAGUGACAGCUGCGAUGAAGAAAUGAUACACGCCCACACAGAAAAAAUGGAAAAGCUAUUUAAAAAGUAUCACGACGUAGGAAAGUACAUUAUAAACACGGUCACCAUAAUUCUGAGUCUUUUUAAAUAUCUAAGUGAUAAAGAAAAAUUUGAAAAAUAUUUUCGAACCUUCAUGUGUAAACGAUUAAUAAAUGAUAAAAAUUUUAACAUCGUUCUGGAUGUGAAAGUUUUUAAAACUCUUAAAAAAGAAUGUGGUCCCCAAUUUACCAAAAAAAUUGAAACCAUACUGAAGGAUAUGAAAUUUUCAUGUAAAGGCAUGCAGGAUUUUUACAAGGCAACUUCACACAAUAGUAUAAAAUUGCUCAAAAAGAAAAAGUACUCCGUUAACGUUAUAUAUAACGAUGUGUGGGAACACAACAAAUUAGAAGGUGAUAUUAUUUACCCGGAAGCUAUAAGGUUAUGUAAUGAUUAUUUUUGCAAAUAUUACGCAUUUUCAAAUAAGGCCAAAACUAUUAAGUUCCUUCCAUUAUAUGGACUGUGCAUUUUGAAAGUCGAUUUGGGAAAGAUAAAAGGGAAAAAAUAUUCUAUUUCGAGUGGUUCCUCUUGGGAACGUGCAGACCAUCGUGAAGCGGGUAAUCGAGCAGGAAAUCAUUUGGCAUGUGGGGAAAGGGACACCCGAGGUGCUAGCAGAAGUGGCAAGAACGGCCCUCCCGAGGAUAAACACAAUGUUCAUGAUGAUGAGAAUUGCAAAAAUCAGAGUAAGUUCCUUUUCACGGUAACCAUCCUGCAAGCAACCGUUUUGAUGCUAUUCAAUGAGAGGCCACAAUACAGCAUAAGUGAAUUGACCGACCUGACAGGAUUCUCCAGGGACCAUUUAAUACAGUAUUUACAAGCUAUAUACAGUGGCUACGAAACGAACAUUUUGAUUUAUGACGAAGCACGUGAAAUUUUUCAGUUAAAUGUGAACUUCCAAACGGACAAUAAAUAUUUAGUGGUCAACUAUUCAGAUCAGACGUAUAAGGACAACACAGCCAUACCUGCGUUGACAAAGGACGACGGGGAGUUGGAGGACAGAACCCUACACAUGGAUGCAUCCAUUGUGAAGUUCUUAAAAACAUGUGGAAAAGCAUCCGAGAGAGACAUUUGUGCGCAUACUCGCCAAAAAGUUAACAACUGCACGAAUGAGCAAAUUAAAAGCAGGCUGGCAUCCCUCAUUAACAGGGAGUUUAUAUUCUUGCAAAAUAAUAUUUACUAUUUUGAGUUGUGA